AUGGAGAAGGUUCUUAUCAUAGCCACAGAGAAACGCGUCCUUUUCCCGGUUUCCUUUGUUAUCCGACUGGCUCUGGUCGCUUAUGGAGACUACCAGGACCGGAACAUGGCGGUGAAAUACACGGACAUUGACUACCAGGUGUUCACAGACGCUGCCAGGUUCAUCACGCAGGGCGAGUCUCCGUACAACAGGUCAACGUACCGGUACACCCCCCUCCUGGCCUGGCUCCUCACCCCCAACAUUUACGUCGGCGUGGUGUUCGGUAAGAUCCUCUUCAUCGUCUGUGACGUGCUCUCCGGGGUGCUCAUCUAUAAAAUCCUCCGCCUACGAGGUCUGAGCUGCAAGUCUGCAGCUCAGGUUUGCUCCCUGUGGCUCCUCAACCCUCUGCCCAUGGGAGUGUCGAGUCGAGGGAACGCAGAGUCGGUUCUGGCAGCUCUGGUGCUCGGGACGUUGCUCUGUAAGGAAGAGGGACUCGUGGCGUGGGCAGCCGUGCUCUACGGACUGUCUGUUCACAUGAAGAUCUAUCCGCUCGCGUUCGGCCUCCCCAUCGCUCUGACCCUCAGGACCUCAGAGGAGGACAAGCAGGGGUCAGCGUGGAAGGAGUUCAUCGGAGGUUUCUUCAACCGCCAGCUGAUGACGUUUGCGAGCGUGGCUGGAGGAGUGUUCGUCCUGCUCACGGCGCUCUUCUAUUAUAUGUACGGCUGGGACUUCCUCCACGAGACGUAUUUGUACCACCUGACCAGACGGGACAUCAGACACAACUUCUCCCCGUACUUCUACAUGCUCUACCUGACCGCAGACAGCAGGUGGAGCUUGUGGCUGGGCCUGGCAGCGUUCCUGCCUCAGCUCGUCCUGCUGCUGGUGGCGUCCUGGGCCUUCCACAGUGACCUGGCCUUCGCCUGUUUCCUCAACACCGCCAUCUUCGUCUCCUUCAACAAAGUCUGCACCUCACAGUACUUCCUGUGGUAUCUUUGUUUACUUCCUCUGGUCAUCCCAAACCUGACCCUGUCGGUGAAACGGGCUCUGGGCCUUCUGCUGCUCUGGUUUGCUGCUCAGGGUAUCUGGUUGGCUCCUGCCUACUUCCUGGAGUUCGAAGGCUACAACACGUUCGCUCUGAUCUGGCUCGCUGGGUUGCUGUUCUUAGUCGUCAACUGCUUCGUCCUGAUUCAGAUUAUAAUUCAUUACAAACCCAGACAGACUCCGCAGAGACCGAAGGUUGAGUGA